CAUUUUUUAGGGAUGUUAACGCCAGUAUUCCACAUAGACCAAACGCCAGAAUACGUUAUCAUCCAAAUCCAUGCACCCUAUGCCAAUGUGAAAGAUGCCGAGGCCGAGUAUUGUGAUCUGCAGUUCUUUUUCACUUCGAAACCAUAUUUCUUAAAGUUAUAUUUGCCUGGUGAAUUAGCUGAGGACGAUAUCGAGGGUACGUAUGAUUGUGAUAAAGGAUCAUUUACAUUCAAGGCUUUGAAAAGAAAUGUUGGUGAAUUCUUUCCCAAUUUGGAUUUAGUGAAUCAGUUGCUGAAACCCUCAGAUAUACAUGCAAAACGAUUGGUGGAGGAAACUGACGAGAGUGGAGAUAUUUUGGCCAAUUUCUCAGAUGAACCGCAAAAUUCCCAAAUAUCGGAUGUUGAUGAUUUUAUGGAUGAGGAAUGCAAACUCUACGGUUAUGGUUUUGCUUAUAGUCGUCGUGGUGUUAUUGGGAAAUUUAGUACAGAAAUUGGUAAUCUCUUGGAUUUGAAAGAUCCUGAAGGUUCAUUGAUCGACGAAAGAUUUACGGAUUGUUUAAGGCAUGAUCAAUUGAAGUUCGACGCCGAGCAUUACAUUGCUGACCUAUUUGAGAAGAACUCUUUGCUGGAAGAAUGUUUACAGUUUGAAUAUCCUGAAACAACAUUUGAUUUGUCUUUCAAAAGUCGUGAUCAUUUGAAGGAUUUGCCCAGAAAACUGUUUCCUAAGUAUUCGUCAGGUAUAGAAAAAGCAGUUGCACUGUCUCUGAUAGAUAUCGUUUUCGCUUAUUUAUAUGAUAUGAGGACAACUGGCGGCGAGCAUACCUCUGAAUCUGGCAGGGUGUCGUUGCUACAGUGUCUGGUCGAUGUACAUAUAAUUUUAUCAACAAGCGGCGAUUAUCGUUAUCUGUUGAAUGACUUAUUUACAACUGAUUAUUGUUUAUGGAUUCAGUGUACUUCGGAUGACAUUCUUUCAUGGUUACAGUGCGAGUUGAACCAUUUAGCUUUGACAAAAAGUGAUGUUCAGUUAGACCUAGAAGAAGUGGAAUUGGAAGCGAAGUUACUGACUUUGCAAAUAGAUGCUAGAAAUUUGGAUCUUGAGGAUUCAGAUGAUGACUCUGCCUAA